UUCCUGGAAACAAUCCUACUUUUAUUGAUCCAGUGUUGAAACAUUCAAGAAUUUUGCAAAUUUCCUUCAUGUUCAUGUUUUAUUACAUUGUUAAUCAUUUAUACUCCAGUAGCACAUAACAUCAAAUCAAUGUUGAUUCAAUAUUAUGUAAUACUAGGGUAUAUUUAUAUAUCAAGUGGGCAUUUGUGCGAACAUUGCAGGUAUGGGCAUUUUCUGUGGACACUUCGUAUAUUCGAUCGGGAAUAUGGAAUUCGAGAUUCCAUCCAUUCGAGAUUCUGUCCACUUACCUUUAUAAGAUCUGGUCCUGAGUGUUCAAAAUAAGUAAUUAUGCCUGUAGUAGAUUCAUACAUGCUCCUGCCCUUGUACCUUGUAUAAUGUUCCCAAAGUCUGAAAGCAGCCUCUUUACUCCAGUCAAACUAGCAGAACCAACAUGAGAUCUACAAAGGCUUUGGGACUAGUUUUGUUCUCAGUUGCCUUCCAUGAAGUUCUUCUGCACUCUAGAACCAGUUGAGAUAUUUAGAUAUGCUCAUGAGAGAUAGCUUGACUCUUUUAUUUGCUUUAUGGGCAUGUAUAGAGCUGUGCACCCAACACUACUGAGAAGAGAAGCAUAGGCCAGUAUCAGAGUAUUUUUGAAUUUUUAAUUCUUGAAUUAGGGGAGUUUAUGAACAAUUUCAAGUCAACAUUCCCACAUUUCUGGUAUUUCCCAGUUUUUCCCCAAUAGAAUGAAAAAUAUGGCUUUUGUUUUGCAAAUUGAACCCUGGGUGAAGGUUUAUUCCUUGACUAAGAUCACAUCUCUACAUUAACCUAGUCACUUCAUUCAAGAAGAAACAGUUUUGGUUGGAAUAAUGCCCUAGUAGAAGAUGAAUCAGUAUUUCAAGCAAAUCCUCUAUAGAUAUAACAAAUAUUAGGUGCUUUGUGCUUUAUGAUUAUAGCAUUUUUUAUAGCCCAAUGCAUCUUAUUGUGGUUUCUAUGUCUCAAAAAGCCAAGAAUGAAGUCAGUGUGGUGAACCAUUUAUCUUUAAACUCAGUUUUUUUCAUGUAUUUCCAUAUUGCAUCAUUGAUAGGAUUUGCAGAGAAGUCAGUCUAUCAUGGAAGGAGAGACAGGUGAGAAUGAAAGCAGUAGCACAACAGAACAGAAAAUUCAAGUGCAUGCAGAGGACAAUGAGGCUAUUGAUGCCAAAGAGGUGAAAAUGGACAUCAAACCAGAUGAAGAGAAAACAUCCAAGAAGAAAAAGAAGCCAAAGAGAGUACUCCAUUUCCGAGAUGGCACCAUGGAGGAAUUCAGUAGUAGUGAUGAGGAGAAGGAGGAGGGGCAGUCACAGGCAUCACAGAAACAACUUGCAGAUCUUAAGAAACUGUCCUGGAUGCCUUGGGCAUGGGAGGUGACUCUCCUUGCAGGGUAUAAAGCUUUGGCUGUGUGUGAUUACCUGGGCGAGACCUUUGCCUCCUUCUUAGGCAUAACCAUGCCUAAAUAUCAGUUUGAAAUUGAUGAGUACAACCGGCUCCAAGAGGAGGCAAAGGAACAUGAAUUGACAAAUGCUGGAUGGGAAAGUGGCAAACAGAAUAAAUUCAUCCUUGACUCAAUGGAAGGAGGAAAGGAACGUGUUGAAGUUCAUCCAGACUCAACCAAAUGGCAAAGAUUCUGA